AUGUCCCGAACAUACGGCAUUCAGACAAGGAAAGAUGAUGUGCAGGCCGCCAUCAGUCAUCCCCAUCACGGGCCCCUGUUUGCCGAAUGGGCUUUGACACAUCUGAUAUCUGAUACCCUUUUGACAGCCGACGAGCUCGAUGUGUGGGUAAAUCUCCAUGCUGCGAUAUUUGUUCUUUCCACUGUGAAGCGGGAGCCUGCAGCGACUGAGAUACCACGGACUCUAGCCGACUUGCACGACCUUUCCGAGGUGCCGGCCGUGACUGAGGAUGAAUUGAUGGCUGCCAUCGAAGAGCUAAGGCGAUGUACGGAGGGUAUUUCCAAACAGACGGAAACACUGCGUCAACAGCAAGAUGCCCUAUCCAGAAUGGUAAAAAAGCAAGCCGAAAAUACUACCCGCCGAGAGGAGUUAGAACGUGUCCAAAGAAAAAAGCGUGAAUUAGAGCGUGAUCAACUUGCCAAAGAAGUUGAGCGGAUGUCCCAAGAAAUUACCCUCAAAGUCACGGAGCUAAACCAGCAUGGCCCAGCUCUCAAUGAAAGCAUCGCAGCCCUCCUCCAAUCCGACGAUAAGCUCCUCUCGAGUCUCCAAAAGCUAGGAUGGGAACUCGACCAACCCGAUCCAGGCGAAACGCAAGACAUUGAAAAGCUCCGAGAAACGUGCAUGCGUCUAAUCAAGGCAACCGUUGAAACCGUUCGCACCAGACUCGACACCAUCUAUUUGGAAACCCUUGUCACAGCAGAGCGAUCCGGAACCGCAAAAUCAGCUACAAACGACCAAGUCAAGACCCUCCAAGACGAAGUAGAAUCACUUUAUUCUGAGAUUCUGCCUGUCGCUCAAAUGUCUAUUGACCAGCAGUAUCUCGAACCUGCGCUCAAAGCCCUCUCUAUAAGAAACAGCCAAAGCAUGGGCAAAACAACCACAUCCUUGACAUAUAUUAACGAAUGCCUCACCUAUCUCGUAGAUCGUAUGGAUAGGCUCCAUGCACACGUCAAGUCACACAAGUCCCACCAAGCUGCCACUGCGGCAAUAGCUGCCACCGCAAAGGCAGAAAUAGCUGCUGUAAUCCCCUCUAAGAAACCAAGACAAGCAAUUCCCCCUUCCCCCGUUCGAACACGUAGCAAUACAUCCGAGGCGCGCCGACGGCGAAGAUCUUCUGGUGUCCAGGAAGAGUCCCCAAUAGAGACUCUCCUCCAAGACCUGGCCGUGACACUGCCACCUGAUUGCAUCAAGCCUCAGGAUCAAAUCGGCCUCUUGGAGAGGGUACUAGCUGAAAGAACUCGCAAAGGCAAUGACGUGGCGAAAGGAGCGCAGGAGGGCUUCGAGAUGACCGCGCGCGCACAUGUAGAAGAUGCGCGACGGGCGAUCCAACUCGUUCGGGAUAGUCUCCUGGCAGAAAGUUCCUUCGGUGAUGUGAAGCUAGUGGAUCCGGAUAUGGAGGGCUCCAUUUCGGUGCUGGCGCAAGAGGUGAACAAGGCCAAGGAGAAGCUGCGAUCGCUCCAGGGCCAGAGUAUUGUUGCGAGGAGUGAGAAGAAAGACGAGUUCAUUCAGAGAUGGGGAUCGUAG